UGUAAAGACGCGAGAAGCCGAAAACAGCUCCCAAAGUUAUAAAGCGCCACGUUACUGGGAUCCAGAAGCUCUCGAUUCUCGAAUAUAGCAAAUGCCUUGAUCUUCGUCGGCAUCCGGAAACAGCCGUUUUCUCUGCCGCGAUUUUAAUCGGAGAUCGGAGCUGGAAGUAUUGGUCAUUGCUUAAUGGUACUUGCUAUGGCGUCCUCUAGAAUUGCCAGGGGCAGCGCGGGAAGGAGUGAAGGCGAGGGAGGUGGGAGGGGUAGCGAGAGGACGAGGAAGGUGUUACUAGGGAUAGGGUUCUGGGUGCAGGGGUUUAGGUGUUUCCCAUGGAUGGGGGUCAACUUCUUCCUCAAGGACAGUCUCGGGGUCGACUCUUCCACGCUUCAAAUCCUCCAGAACUCUGCUAAUUUCCCCAUGGUAGCCAAGCCCUUCUACGGCAUCAUUUCCGAUUCUUUCUACGUCUCUGGCCAACACCGGGUCCCUUACAUUGCCCUUGGAGCAUUUUUGCAAGCAGUGUCAUGGCUGGUUCUUGCACUAUUUUCCCCUUCAAGUAUCUCGUUUUUUGCUAUCACUGUAUGUCUACUCAUUGGAAACUUGGGUGCUUCAAUUGCUGAGGUUGCCAAUGAUGCCAUUGUUGCGGAGAUAGGAAAGCAAUCCAGUUCUUCAUCCAAAAAUGCGCAAUCUCACCCUUCAGGCGAGCUUCAGUCUUUUGUUUGGAUGACCUCUUCCCUCGGUGGAGUUCUUGGGAACAUACUAGUUGGUAUUGCCAUGAACAGAUUUUCCCCACAAGCUAUGUUCCUUGUGUUUGGCAUUAUCCUCUCUCUCCAGUAUCUAAUAACAGUUUUCAUCAAAGAGAGCUCUCUGGGCCUCCCAAAAGCUCCACCAAAUCUAAGGAUCAGAAAGCAACUCUCUGAACUCCUUGUUGUAUUGCAGAAACCAGAGAUUUCUUACUCAAUACUUUGGUUUGCAGCAUCUUACGCUGUUAUUCCAGCCCUAACGGGGACCAUGUUCUAUUACCAAACACAAUAUUUGAGGAUUGAAUCAUCAGUAUUGGGUAUUUCAAAAGUGUUUGGACAGGUAGCGAUGCUGUUAUGGGGAGUAGUCUAUAACAGUCACCUCAAGUCUAUUUCACCAAGGAAAUUAAUAUCUGCAAUUCAGGCCUCUAUGGCUGUAUUCAUGGUAUCAGAUGUGUUGUUUGUGAAAGGGGUGUACAGGAUGAUGGGUAUUCCAGACUCCUUAUAUGUUGUGGUUUUCUCGGGCUUUCUAGAGGUGUUAUACUUCUUCAAGAUUCUGCCUUUUAGCGUUUUAAUGGCUCAGCUUUGCCCGCCCGGUUGUGAAGGAUCUAUAAUGGCGUUUCUUAUGUCCGCCAUAGCUCUUGCCUUCAUAGUUAGCGGGUACAUUGGCGUUGCCUUAUCAUCGUUUCUCAUGGUGAUGGGAAACGACUUCUCAGGCUUGCCAUAUGCCCUUAUGAUACAGGCAGCUUCAACACUUGUACCACUAUGUUGGUCAUCAUGUAUACCAGAUGGUUUCAAACACAAAAUGAACUGAGCUGCAGAAAUUGGCAGGAGGGAGCCAAUUUAAUCUCAGCAUAUGAAAACUUUCUUUUAGCAGGGAUUCCAUGUAAAUGAUUCACAAAUUUAUACACACUACUUCCAUAUGUGUUUCUCUUUGCCCGUUUGUAAAUUUGUAGUCAAGUUCUUUGGUCAUAGCUAUUGACUUCUUCUCAUGCUUCUCUGAUA